AUGGCACAAUCCUUUGCAUCUACCUUGCGAGACCCUAGUCUCUUCGUCGAAAAGUCCUAUAUCAACGGUCAAUGGAUAUCAUCCACUUCAACAUUCAACAUCACGAACCCGGCUACAGAGACCCUCAUCGGAACCUGCCCCGAAUCAACCAUCGACGAUCUAAACCAUGCAAUCCGCGCCGCGUCCAACGCAUUCCCAACUUGGCGAACCCUCUCAGGCCGCCAACGCGGGCGCAUCCUCCGGAAACUCUUCGACCUCCUAGUCGAGAACAAGAUUGACCUGGGCCGGAUUAUCACAGCCGAAAAUGGGAAAGCAAAGGCAGAUGCAGAAGGGGAAGUACUAUUCUCAGCCAGCUUCUUUGAGUGGUUUGCAGAGGAGGCUCCUCGGGUUUAUGGCGAUGUUAUUCCUCAUAGCAAUGCGACUAGCCGGACGCAUGUUAUCAAAGAGCCCAUUGGUGUGUGCGGGUUGAUUACGCCUUGGAAUUUUCCCAUGGCGAUGGGUGCGAGGAAGGUCGCAGCUGCACUGGCGGCGGGUUGUACAGUAGUUCUCAAGUCGGAUGGACUUACGCCAUUUUCCUUGAAUUCUUUGGCUGUACUGGGUGAACGCGCGGGUAUGCCAAAGGGUGUACUGAAUGUCGUGACAGCACUGAACAAUACCCCACAGCUAGGUCUAGCACUUUGUCAGUCAGACACUGUUAAGAAGAUAUCCUUUACUGGAUCCACAAGAGUCGGAAAGCUCCUGAUGCAGCAAUCUAGCAGCACACUGAAGAAGUUGAGUUUUGAACUGGGGGGUAAUGCCCCGUUUAUUGUGUUCGAUGAUGCAGAUUUGGAGGUGGCAGUUUCCAGUGCACUCGCCAGCAAGUUCAAGGUAACUGGUCAGACGUGCGUGUGCGCAAACCGGAUCUAUCUGCAAGAAGGGAUCUAUGAUCGAUUCUGUCAAAGGCUAGUCAAGGAAGUCAAGAAGUUCCAUGUCGGUAAUGGCGCAGAGGAUACCGUCACUCAUGGACCCAUGACAAAUGGGGUCAGCAAGGUCAAGGAGCACAUUCAAGAUGCUGUCAGCAAGAAUGCGAAGGUUCUCCUUGGAGGAAGCCAGCUGCCUUCGCUUGGAAAGAACUUCCAUGAACUAACCAUCUUGGGCGAUGUCGACGAUACCAUGAGAAUAAGCACCGAGGAAACAUUUGGCCCUAUUGCCGCAUUGUACAAAUUCUCAACCGAAGAUGAAGUUAUCAACAGGGCCAACAGCUGCGAUGUUGGUCUCGCAUCCUAUGUCAUGACAAAUGAUUUGGCUCGAUCGCACCGGGUUACUGAAAGGUUGCAAUUCGGAAUGGUGGCGUUAAACACAGGUGUAAUUUCAGAUGCUGCAGCCCCAUUCGGAGGAGUCAAGCACUCCGGCAUGGGUCGUGAGGGUAGCAAGUAUGGUCUGGAUGAAUAUGUCAAUAUCAAAAUGGUUGUUACCGGCGGCAUCAACACCGUAUACACACGGUUGUAA